UAAUGACAUUUAUUUAUAGUUCCUCUUUUGAGCGACGUUCCUUUCCGUCGUCCCAUUUGGAAUGACAAUUCUGGAAAAUUGGUCUAGUAUGAGCCUAGAUUUUCAAACCUCGCUCCACACGUUCAGUGCGGCUCAUUUUUUUGGUGCCUGAGAUUUGACAGAAGAGUUUGACUUUGACCACACAGUGACCACAUAGUGGUCACCGGGGAUAACGCUGCACUUGAACGUGUUCAUGCCUAUCAAACGAAAGUAAAAAACAUUCUCGAGCCGAAAAUAGCACGUGGUUUGAUUGAAGUGUGUACUACAGGUGAAUGGAUGGUAGACGAGACCUCGGGCGAGCCACUGGGCGACUGACCGCCGAGCGGCGGUGCCUCACGACUGCCUCGCCCCGCGGCCCACCGCAACGCACCGCAGCGCACAGCAGCGCACCGCAGCGCACCGCGCACCGCGAGCAAUGCAUGCUCCGGGCGCUGCUCGUCGGCCCGGGCAUUUCCACAGUGCCGGGCCACAAAGCGCACCGACCCGGCGCGAUCCCCCCGCCCAACCCCCUCCCUGCGUGCGGGCGGCGGACGGCCUUCCCCGGCGGCGGGCGUGGACGGCGUGGACCAGCCCCGGGCCGCCGCCGGCCACCCCAGCACUUAUCUCAGUGCGCACCUCGGGGGCUGGCCGGGGCCCUAUAAAGGCGAGGGUGACCCGCGACACCGCGUCCCACUCGCACGCCCGCCGCCCACCAUGCUUCUGCUGCUCGCCGCCGCCGCGCUCGCCGGCCUCGCCGCCGCCAACCCCGAGCCCAUCGUGGUGCAGGAGUUCCGCCACCUGCCCGUGUACGGCGCGCCCCUCGUGGGCGUCCGCUACGGCGACCAGCCCGCCGACGGGCUCGCCACCCAGGAGGCCCUGGGCUGGAGGGCGCUGUACGACGCGCCCUUCAUCCUCGCCGUGCAGCAGGAUGCCAAGCCCGAGCUCGCCGCCUUCCUCAUCAAAGACGGGCUGAGGAGCCUGCCGUUCACCGAGGACCGGCGCUUCCUGCUCUCGCACAUGCUCGCCGGGCCCGAGAAGCUCGGCGUGCUGCUGUCCGGCUCCAACUUCGUGGCGCUGCCGCAGGUCGACAUGCCCAUCACGCGCUUCGUGCUGCCGCACCACUUCACGCUGGCCGAGUCGGCCCGCCUGCACGGCGACUUCUACUCGUUCCCCACGCUGCUCGUCGUCAACCGCGACGACCUGAGCUCGCGCGACCUGGUGCGCCUCGCCCUGGUCGGCGACUUCGUGAUCCUGCCCGACGGCGUGAAGGUGUCCUCCGACGUGCCCGCCCCCGCCGCCAAGUGGGGCCGCCGCAACACGCCCGCCUACAGCGUCCUCAACAAGUUCAACAGCGCGCCCAGCGUGUCCACCCUGAGCGGCUACUCGCCGGCCGCCGGCUUCUCUUUCGAGAGCAACCCUUUCCUGCAACCUUACCUGACGUCCAAGCUGGCGCAACACUAGCGAGUAGUUUUACGUAAAUUAUUGGUCAAGACUGGCUUCAGUACAAAUAAAAUUUACUGAUUAGUUGUCGGCUCGUUUUUAAA